AAUAUAUAAGAAGUGAAAGAUUGACUAUUAGAAGGUUGGCUUAAUGUUUUUUGGGAAGAAGGAAGCUUUUAUCUCGAACAUGUUUUUGUUAUAAGUUUUAUAUAUUUUGACUACACUUUACCGUAUGAUUUUUGGAGGUGCGAUAUUCUGCCGAUCUCUCAGCUGAUCGUUGCUGUUUGUGUUUGUUGUUAUCAGAAUGUCUGACUCGGAAGUCAACAGGUUAUGGCGGUUGGAGUUGUGGUAGGGAGAGAAAUCUCGUAAUCAGAGUGUCUUGUUUAAAAUUAUUCAAGCACUUGACGUUAUGCAUUUACUGCAACUUGUUUACUCGUAGUUAUGUUUAUUUGAAGUUAACAAUACCGGACACGAAAUAAGGAAAUAUUAGUUAUUAUUGUUGUGCGCGUUGCUAUCAUUUCAGCACCAACAUCCAAAACUAUAGUUGCUUUUUUAUAAAUAUUUAAGUUAAAGUAAAUUAUUAGAGUUUUAUUAAGUUUAUUUCUGUAUUGUUAAAUCUUUAUAAAGUGAACCAUUAGACAUAAUUGAAAAGUUUUAACUACUCUUUGGGAGCUGUAGGAUCUGUUUUUUUAUAAUCAGUCAGCCUAAAGUACUGUUUAAUAUGUGGUGGUUUUUCAGCAGACCUUCCAAAAGAUAUCUUCCAAUACCUAAGGGACCAUACUCAGUAGGAUGUUUGGAUGUCAUGACGAAAUUCUCAAGAGAAGGAUGCUUUGUGAGAUUGCAUUACCCGUCAUCAGCAGAAAAAUCACAGAAUGAUGCAUCAAGAUGGGUGCCUUGGUCUCCAGAUGAAUGCUACAUUAUGGGCUUCUCAAACGUAGUAAAGAUAUGGACGUUCAUCAUAAAGCUGACUAUGUGGCUACUUGGCGAACUGUAUAUACCAGCUGAAUGGGAAGUGAAGCCGAAUAAAAGCGAGAAGAUGCCAGUGAUUGUUUAUUCACAUGGUUUCGGAGCAUCGAGGUUCCUGUGCUCGUCAACUGCCACUGAGUUGGCUUCCUGGGGAUACCUGGUUGCAUCGGUCGAACACAGGGAUCAUUCAGCCAGCAUUACUUACUAUUACGAUUCACCAGAAAAUAGAGACAAAGAUAAACGUACAUACGUUUUCCAUCAAGGGCUAUUUUCAGGCAAUAAUCAUUAUCGGAAACGUAACGAACAGCUGAAGAUGAGACAAUCGGACUGCUCUCAAGUUAUGACCUUGUUGUAUGAGAUCAAUAAUGGUACAGCUACGAAUAUAUUGAAAUCGAAAUUUGACUUGAAAGAGUUCAAAGAUUGCCUUGAUUUGUCAUCAGCCUGUAUGAUGGGCCAUUCCUUUGGAGGAGCAACUUCAGUCUAUACAUUGGCCAAAGAUGAUCGUUUCAAGUUAGGCGUUAUUCUUGAUUGUUGGAUGUUUCCACUGAAAGACGAGACUGAUUUGAAAAUAAAGCAACCAAUGAUCUUCAUCAAUACUCAGACUUUCCACAUUCCAAGCAAUCUGCAGGCGCUCCAAAAGUAUGUUGUGAAUGCAGAUGGAACGAAACAUCCACUUUACACCAUCAGACAUACGACACAUGAGCAUCAAACCGACACGGCAAUUGUUUGGGGUUCUUGGCUCAAUCUGUUCAUGAAAAAACUAGAUAAGUCAGUUGCAUUGAAGAUAAACAACUUCCUGGCUCUGCAAUUCCUUCAUAAACAUUUCGGAUUUCCAAAAGAUAUAGACGACUGUGACAGUUACAUAAAAGAAAAUGCAGAAAAUAUUGUUGAAGGACCAAUUGCAUAUACCAGAACAGCAGUGAAGAAAUUCUCCGUUACGUGAUAAAAUCUUCCAAAUAUCCACUGAUAUGAAUUUGCUCAAUUACCAACAAAAAAUUAGAUUGAAACUGUAGAAGAGUUAACUGUUGUGAAAUGAGUUUUCUAGUUCUCUUGAAUUUCACUAGCAAGCCAUUAAGCUCGAGUAGUUCAUAAUGUAGAAAACUCGUUUUCUGAUAUCAAUUCCAUCUAACUUCAUCAAAACGUUCCAUUUUUCUCAAUUCAAACAGUUUGUUGUACCUAAUCGAGAUUUAAUAUUAUUGUUUCCAGUUAUCCUUUGGUAUGUAAUUCAAUUGGUUACAUAUUUACGGUUUACAAGAGUAAUAAUAUAAUAUAUCUGUCAUCUAAGAAUUAGAAACGUCAAAAUAGAAAUGUGUAAUUUUGUGAUAACGCACAUUCCAAGAAAACCAACGAAGACUGAUUGUUAUUUUCCAUGUAUUUAAUGUGGAUAUUGUUUCCAUAAUUAUAUUAUAUCUCUGAAGUUUUUAUUGUAACUUCAUUUUGUUGAGUUAUUUCGAACUGUUUUAUAUAAUAAUUGAAAUUUUAUAAACGUGGGUUGGUAAUUA